AUGCACCCGGCGCUCGGCCACCCCCGCUCGGUCUCGUCCUCGUCCGGCUCCUGCCCGCCUCGCCCAGCAGCGGCCCGGGCGCAGCCCCUGUGCCUGCGGGGGGGCGCCCCCCGCGCGGGGAGCGGCUCGGGCGACAGCAGCGCCAGCGCCAGCCGGGGCGGGGGCGGCGGCUCCCCCGCCAGCAGCAGCAGCAGCAGCAGCAGCAGCAGCACCGGAGCAGAGCGCGAGGACGACGACGACAGCGUCAGUGUCAGCAAGCCGCUGGUGCCCGCCGCCGCCGCCGCCGCCGCCGGGAUCCCGGGGCCCCUGGCCGCGGGGGGCGCCCCGAACGCGGACCCCGCGCGCGCCGCCUUCUCCGCCGCCACCCCCUCGUCCACGCCCACCUCCUCCAGCAGCAUGACUGCCGCGGACUUCGGCGGGGGCGCUGCGGCCGGGGGCGUCGGGGGUGCGGGGGGCCGCGCGGCCGGGGCUGCGGGCGGCACGGGGACAGGCAGCGGCGCCUCCUGCUGCUCGCGCUGCUGCUGCUGCUGCGGCCGCCCGGCCCCGCCGGCCCGCAGAGGUCGGCGCCCCGGCUGCGGCCAGAGCGCCGGGUGCGGCUGGGGCUACCAGGCGCUGUCCGUGGUGCUGCUGCUGGCGCAGGGAGGGCUGCUGGACCUGUACCUCAUCGCCGUCACCGACCUGUACUGGUGCUCCUGGAUCGCCACCGACCUGGUCGUGGUGGUGGGCUGGGCCAUCUUCUUCGCCAAGAACAGUCGGAGCCGUCGAGGCGGCGCGCACAGCCACCCUUCGCACCACCACCACGCCGCCUCCGCCGGGGCCAAGUCUCGCGGGUCCCGCGGGGGCCCCGGAGGCCCCGGGGGCGGCCCGGGGGCGGCGGCAGCAGCAGUGGGCGAGUUCGCCUUCGCCUACCUGGCCUGGCUCAUCUACUCCAUCGCCUUCACGCCCAAGGUGGUGCUCAUCCUGGGCACGUCCAUCCUCGACCUCAUCGAGCUGCGCGCGCCUUUCGGCACCACGGGCUUCCGCCUCACCAUGGCGCUGUCGGUGCCUCUGCUCUACAGCCUGGUGCGGGCCAUCAGCGAGGCGGGCGCCCCGCCGGGCUCCACGGGCCCCCUGGUCCUGCAGCCCCAGCAGCACCGGGCCGCCGGCUGCUUCCUGGGCACGUGCCUGGACCUGCUAGACAGCUUCACCCUGGUGGAGCUGAUGCUGGAGGGCCGCGUGCCGCUGCCCGCGCACCUGCGCUACCUGCUCAUCGCCGUCUACUUCCUCACCCUCUCCUCGCCCGUGCUCUGGCUCUACGAGCUCAACGUCGCCUGGGGCCAGGCCCCGGGGCCGCGCGGCUGCGGCCGCCUCCUGCGCCUGCUGGGCGGCUGCCUGGUGGACGUGCCCCUGCUGGCGCUGCGCUGCCUACUGGUGGUGAGCUACCAGCAGCCCCUCUCCAUUUUCAUGCUCAAGAACCUCUUCUUCCUCGGAUGCCGUGGCCUGGAGGCCCUAGAGGGCUGCUGGGACUCGGGGAGCCGGGCGUCCCCCAGUCGGGCCCGAGGGGGCUAUGGCGCUCCGCCCUCUGCGCCCCCGCCCCCGCCGCAGCCUCAGGGGGGCUCCCAGCUGAGUCACUGCGUCUCCGAGAACGAAGGGGGGGCCCAUGGCUAUGUCAACACCCUCGCUGUGGCCUCCCAGAGUUGAGCGGAAUAACGGGGCUCUCGCUUUUCCCUCUAGAGACCUCUGCUCCCUCGUUCUCUGGCCUUCUCUCACUCAGAUGACACGGAGCUCUGUUUGGAAGAGGUCACCCUCGUAGGGCCAAGGGUGGGUGCGUCCUUCUGUCUGCUCCUUGGGUCAAGAGGGCUUGGAGGAAGACCAGCCGCUGAUGGUGAGGGAGGAAGGUCCACGCUCUCUGUUCUCGCUUCCCCACGCCCGGCCCUGACCCCAGCCUCCAAGGGUCUUGUGCCUCUGCUUCUUGCUUUCCACCGGCACCCUCAUUCCCUCAUUCCCACCCGCCGUGCGGUGGGGAGGGCACGGAGGAGGGGAGAUGCCCAGGCACGAGGGGCUGGGCCUUGGGCCUUGCCUCUCGCUCGGAAGUGCCAGCUUCUUCCUGGCUGCGGUCAGCAGCCAUUGUCCCAUGCCUCGAAGUGGACUCAGAAGCCACUGUCCCCCGAUGUCUCUGCAGGAUUUCUGCCCAGUGGUAGAUGCAAAGUCUACGUCCCUCUGUCUGCGUUGUGUGGUUUUCCGGUGUCCACCCUGUGGGAGGCCCUUGCAGUCGGCAGGGAAUCUGGGGAGGCCCUGCCGUCCCCGCCACACACGCCACCACCCUCCUGUCCCCACCCGGAUUCGUGGCCAUGCGUUCCCGGGAGCCGCCCUGGGCUCUUCGUCGAGAGAGAAGCUCCCCCAGGAUCUCCUCGGUCUGACUCCUCUCUUCCCAGCUCGGCCGGAGGGGAGGGGUCUUGCCCUAAGGACCAAACCACACCCUUUCGUGGGUGGCAGACAUUUCUACCUCCACGCUUUCGACUUCCGUCGCAUCAUGCACUGAUGCCACUUGCAAAAAAUAAAGACAAACUGCCCAGAAGUUGCAUUCCACAUGGCCCCUGGAUCCAAAUGGGGUUUGCUGUCAAGGUCAUUACAGGGUCUGGGGGUAUCAGCCACUGGUUCCCCCCUCCUCCCUCCCUCCUCCCCGCUGCACCCAGAUCUCUUUCCCUUCCUGAGGGGUGUUGCUGGCUGGGCCAGAGUCUGGCCCAGAACAGCAGCUCUGGUGGGAUUCCUAUACAGACAUGAAGUGGGGGCUCCCAUGGGCCCAGCUGCCCUUGCAAAUAGUGUGGUGACCCUUGCCCUUUGCCCUGGUUAGGAGCAUCUCCAGGGAAAAGGGGGGCUUGUGAACGGUGGGGCAGCAAAGCCAGCACUGCCCAGCCCGCCUCCCUGGGGCUCCUCUUGCUGAGGCUGCUGUGAAGGGACACCCAGGGGUGCCCACGGACCCCCUUGGACGCUCACAGGCAGAAUAAGUACUUUCAGGGGAGGGGAGUGUGCAGCUGGGAGCAGGACCGGGAAACAGUCUCUUCCACCUGGCAACGGGAUGGGGAGGGGGGUUGCGAGGGUUUUUGUUUCCCCUCCCCCGUUCUUAGGGUUCUUAGGCUCGGGAGGUCUGGGUGCUGUGACACACCAAGGGCCAGAAAAGUCACGGAUUUUAGUUUUGAUUGUUGCUCAUUUUUGCUUUCUGAGCCUCAGUCUUUUGCUUGGGCCACUGUCCCCCAACUUUUGGGGGGCUUGUCGACAAAAGACAUCCAUGUAAAUAGAGCCACAAGAGGAGCUGACGGCUUGACCAGCGCUCUCGGGGGGCGGGGGUCCCUGCCCUCUCGCGUGGGGAACCACGAGGAAAACACUUGCCCUCGAGGCACCACUCUCUGGGCUUCCGGCCACGCACCCCGCCGGCCCCGUGCAGGCGAUGGGGGUGUUUCCCGCCUUUUCUCCUUCCUGCCCGGCUCCUCUUUCCCUCGGAAUCCCUCGAGCUCCGAGUUUGGGGGCCCAGGCCCUGGGGGGCUCCUAGCUGCUCUGUACGUUUCCAGAUCCUCCUUCCGGCCCCGCUGUCUCUCUGCUGCCUGGUGCCCGUGACAGGGAAGGACGUGGCGUCCGAGCCCCACCCCCGUUGUGCUGUUGGGACAGCGGCCUCACUUCGGGGUGCUGCUGGGCUUCCUGAGGAGAGAGAGGCUGUGACAGGUUCCCAGGAGCUGCCCCUUCCCUAGGGAUGUCGGGAAACCGAUGGCAACCGGGGAGAUUUGUCUGCCAAGCGUUUGGUGCGGCUGC